AUGAGAGAGCCAGAGGCCGAUUGGCAACCUCUAGAUAUCUCAGGAGGUGGAGGAUCGAUGUCUUCGGACGGGACGCCAACGCAACACAAUUCUACGCUUGCAAUUUCGCCUUUUGUAACAGGAAGAUCAAGUACUCGAAUAAACGCAUCGCAGUCGGAGCGGCAGCGGCAAAAUAGCCCUAAUGAAGCUGUGGAACGGCGGGAUGGGCAGGAGUGGAAUGCGGAGGGAAUGGCAAAGAACUCUGUGUAUCAAUCGAUCGCUAACAGCCCGUUAGUGCAGAAAGCAAAUGCGAGUAUCACGGCUCAAUCGCUGGCUACGCCGCACCAUCACGGUGGCUCUGGCGGCAAUGGCGUUAGUCUGCUGGCUUCUAUUUCAAAAAGCGGUCUUUUUGGCUCGACCAUGCCUUCGACGUUGCGGAAAGUCAGCUUGCAGCGGGAAUACAGAGAUUCCGGCGACAAGCAAUUGCAUGGUGAUAAUGAGCCAUUGGCUACUACGACUCUUACCACUACGACAACGUCUGCUGUGGAUGAGCUGAACCAAUUGGACAUUGCCGAUCUGUCCUCCAUCGAGAGACUGCGACUGUGGAGGCACGAUGCCCUGAUGCAGCAUUUAUAUGGCACUGCGGAGUUCGUGGCGAAUAAAAUAUAUACUUUGACAGGCGAUCCCAACGAUGCAUUUUGGCUGGCUCAAGUGUAUUACUGUAGCGGAUCGUAUGUGAGAGCAGUGGACCUACUCACCAAAGACAUGCUCGAGAGCGUCAGCAUAAUGUGUCGAUAUCUCCUGGCUCUGUGUCUUGUAACCUUGCAGAAAUAUGAUGAAGCGCUCGAUGUGGUCGGCGAGAGUAAUCCAUUCUCUGAGGCGGCGGACCAGGAUGCAAAAAAGCAGAACGACGGCGGUGUCAAAUUGGAAUCGUCUUUAUGCUUUCUACGAGGUAAGAUUUACGCUGCACAAAAUAGCAUAUCGAAGGCUAAGGAGUCAUUCAAAGAGGCGCUCUUAGUCGAUGUGAAAAAUUUCGAAGCAUUUGCUGAGCUCACGGCAAGAAACUUGCUUACUCCUCGUGAAGAAUGGGAUCUAUUAGAAGCUUUGGAAUUGGAUUUUUCGGUUUUAGGCGACAACCAAGAUAUGGUCAAGAACCUGUAUAUGUUAAGACUCUCCAAAUACAUCAACUGGGAAAAGAGUUCAUCGGCUCGGAAAGGGCUCAUACGGGAAAACAAUCUAGAGUUAAACGUGGAUAUAAUGAGGUAUCAAGUAGAGGUAUACCAUACUCAGUGCAAAUUUCUCAAGUGUUUGGAUCUAUGCGAAGUUAUACUUGAACGUGAUGAGUAUAAUCCGGAUGUAUUGCCCAUCUACAUCUCGUGUCUUUAUGAACUCAACUCUAAGAACAAACUGUUUCUGCUAUCUCACAGAUUGGCUGAGAAUGUCCCCAAAAGUCCGAUUACUUGGUUUUCCGUGGCUACAUAUUACAUGGUUGUCGAGAAAAUAGGCGAGGCCCGAAAAUACUUCUCGAAGUCAUCAAUAUUGGAUCCAAAUUUUGCCCCAGCAUGGUUAGGCUUCGCUCACACCUACGCCAUUGAAGGUGAGCAAGAGCAAGCCAUUUCCGCGUACUCCACGGCGGCUAGAUUUUUUCCUGGCAUCCAUUUGCCAAACUUGUUUUUAGGCAUGCAGUACAUGGCAUUGAAUACCAUAUCGCUGGCCGAGGAGUAUUUCACUCUUUCAUAUGAUGUAUGCCCUCAGGAUCCGCUACUUUUGAAUGAGAUGGGCGUAAUGUAUUUCAGGAGAAAUGACCUACAUAAGGCCAAGAAAUUUCUUAAACGCGCAUUGGAAGCCGUGGAAGAGCUUGAUCCCACAUCCAAGACAUCCGUUUCGAUACAAAUGAACUUGGCCCACGCUUAUAGAAGGCUUGGUGAAAACGAAAGGGCAAUCAAAUGCUUCAAGGCCGUUCUAGAAGUUUCUAACAAGAGCUCCGAUACUUAUUGCUCUUUAGGAUUUCUUUAUCUGAAAACUAAGCAACUUCAAAAAGCAAUAGAUCAUUUCCAUGUCUCCUUGUCCCUAUGUCCUACGAAUUCUGCAGCUCAGGAACUUUUAUUGCAUGCAUUAGAGCUCAAUGUGUCAAUGACUUUGGAUACCGACCACCCACUUAUGGUCAAUGCACAAAUCCAGGAAUCAAGCUUCACUCUAUUCCAAACGUCGAAGAAGCGAGCUCCUUUGACGAUGGAUAUUGUAGGAUUGCCUAAAAAGAUGAAGAUUCCUAGUCAAGUAACUGAUCCUGAUGAUGAAGAUAAUGCCAUGGAAAUUGAAUAA